CCUCCCCCAACUAACAUGUUUUUAUUCUCCCCUUCAGUUCUCCGCUGCCUGCGACGCCAUAUUGUUAAAAAACACCCUUUCCCUAAAACGCUCGAAAAACCCCUUCUGCCAGAAUGCUGUACCUAGAGGACUACCUCGAAAUGAUCGAGCAGCUUCCCAUGGAUCUCCGCGACAGGUUUACGGAAAUGAGAGAGAUGGACCUGCAAGUGCAGAAUGCUAUGGAUCAGCUAGAGCAGCGGGUAAAUGAGUUCUUUACUAAUGCUAAGAAGAACAAACCUGAAUGGAGGGAAGAACAGAUGGAAAUUAUUAAAAAGGAUUAUUAUAAAGCUUUGGAAGAUGCAGAUGAAAAAGUCCAGUUAGCCAAUCAAAUUUAUGAUCUGGUUGAUCGUCAUUUGCGGAAAUUGGAUCAGGAAUUGGCUAAGUUCAAAAUGGAGCUGGAGGCGGAUAAUGCUGGUAUCACAGAGAUCCUGGAGAGACGAUCACUGGAGAUGGACAGCCCCUCCCAGCCUGUCAAUAACCACCAUGUCCACUCGCACACAACUGUUGAGAAGAGGAAGUACAGCACACCAGCCCACCACACGACUGAACACGUACCAGAAAAGAAGUUUAAAUCAGAGGCCCUGCUCUCUACACUCACAUCAGAUGCCUCUAAAGAAAACACUCCAGGCUGCAGAGUAAACAGCACAUCAUCCUCUAACAGCGUCUUUAACGUAAACUCCUCCCAGUCUCUUACCUCAUUCAACCUGAGCCCGCUUCCUGCUGGGCCUGCCGUGGGGGCCGGGGCUAUUUCCAUGGCAGCAGCCCAGGCAGUACAAGCCACCGCUCAGAUGAAAGAGGGGAGGAGAACGUCCAGUCUCAAGGCCAGUUAUGAGGCUGUUAAGAACAAUGAUUUCUUGGGGCAGGACUUUGCUCUGAGCAGGGAUUCCAGUGGUUACACGUCUUCUGCACUGGCUAACACACUCACACAGCCCCUCACUUCCAGUAACAGCACAGACUCCCGCACGGGACGCAAGACCAAAGGAAACACAAAGUCUUCCAACCACCAGUCCUCUUCAUCCUCCUCUUCUUCCUCCCUGUCGUCCUGCUCAUCGUCCUCGGCAUUGGCUCAUGAACUGGUUCAGACCACCGUCACAGAGACGGAAACCAGCAGCCAGGUGGACUGGACAUAUGACCCCAAUGAACCCCGAUACUGUAUCUGUAACCAGGUGUCAUACGGAGAAAUGGUCGGCUGUGAUAACCAAGAUUGUCCUAUCGAAUGGUUCCACUACGGCUGUGUUGGCCUGACCGAGGCACCCAAAGGGAAGUGGUACUGCCCACAGUGCACGGCUGCCAUGAAGAGGAGGGGAAGCCGGCACAAAUAAAUCCAGAAUCAUUACUGCCUCCAAACUCAUAAAUGACUGCCCCAUCAACCAAGACUCAUCUGCACUCCAUAAAAACUCUCUCCCAAGAUGCAGAGAGCGUCGCUGAGAGUGUACAUGUUACGUUUUCAUGCAAUCAGGGUUUUUGGAUAUGUGUGAGAGAGAUGUGUUUGGCUGUGGCUGAUCUGUUAGUCAACCUCAGAUCAUGAGUUUUACUCUGUGAAUCCAUCUAAAAGCCCACACUGCCCUCAAGACUUCAUGUUUUUAGUUUUUUCAUCUUCAUCUCCAUUAAUCUGUAUUGAAGGGGAUGUCCAAGUUGUUCUUUGAAAGGCCAGUGUGUUUUAACAUUCAAGACAUUCCUCGGCUUGCCAUGCUUGAUGAUGACGCCUCUCGCAUUUGGCAGCUCCUGCUAAUUCGUACUGGCAGAGAAUGGAUUGACAUGAUGCAGACUGAGAAUUGUAGUCCUGAACUGUCUGAUGGACUACAAAACCUUUGAGACAUUCAGUUGGAGCUCUGACAAAUCUUACAGGAUGCUGAUAUGAACCGAUAUUGAUGAUGACAGCAGUGAUUAUUAUCACUGAAUCCUACAGUUCAUGUUGGUCGUUAGUGAAAACUUUCACUGGAUUAUUUGUGUGUAAUUGAUAGAUGAUGUAUUGUGCUCUGCUUACAGGAUCAAAAGUUCUUAAUUUUAGCAAGGAGCUCUUAAGAUGUACAAUAGGAAAAAUGAACAACUGUGACGUGUGUGUGUGUGUGUGUCUGUGUGUCUGUCUCUAGCCUGUACUGCACUGAAGUGGUGAUGCAAAGUUUGGAGAGAAAAAAACAUUAAAAUGAUCAAGAACUUUUGGUACUCGCCAUCUCAAAGGAUGUAAAUGCUGAAACCAAAACUGCAUUGAUUGAAGUUUACUGUGCUUUUCAAAUGUUGGAAUUUAAAGGAAUAUUAUGGGUUCAAUACAAGUUUAGCUUAAAGAACAACUGUUUGUUGCAUAAUGUUGAUUAACACGAAAAUAAUUUUAAUUUGCCCAUCCUUUGCUUUAAAAAAAAAAAAAAAGCAAAAAUCUGGGUUGCAGUGAGGCACUUGCAAUGGAGGUGAAUGUGGGCC